GGCAGAGCCUCAGGAGGGGGCGGGCGGGAUCGGAAGUGACGUAGACUGACUUCUGGCGUGCGUGGGCGGGGCUCCGGGUCUCUUUCCCGGGAUCUCUGCGGCCAGCAUGGAAGCAAAGACUCUUGGAAGUGCAACGCCCAGAAAACCUGUCUUAUCUGUCAGUGCAAGGAAAAUUAAGGACAAUGCAGCCGAUUGGCAUAAUUUAAUCCUGAAAUGGGAAACCCUCAAUGAUGGAGGUUUUGCCACUGCAAAUAAUAUUGCCAACCUGAAAAUGAGUUUAUUGAGCAAAGACACGAUAGGAUUAGAGAGCAGCAGCCUGGCUUCUGAUGAAAAUGCAGAAAAGGAGCACCCAGAAUACAGCAGGGAGCUCGAGAUGCUGUGCGAGGGGCUGCAGACCACCCUGGAUGCUCUGACCAAAAUACAGAUGAAAAUGGAAAAGCUGUCUUCCACUACCAAGGGGAUUUGUGAACUAGAAGAUUACCAUUACAGGGAGGAGGGAAAACGGCCCCUCCUGUUCCACACGUGGCCCACAGCCUAUUUUUACGAGGUCUCCCGCAAGCUCUCCGACAUGUACGGCCGGGAGCUCCGCCUGAAGCGCACCGUCGUGGAGCAGCUGGCUCACACGGCCGACCGCGACCUGGCGCUGAGCUUCCUCUCCAUGUGGCUGCACCAGCCCUACCUGGAGGCCGACAGCACGCUGCUUCUGGAAAGCAUGCUGCUUGAAACGGGCCACCGAGCGCUGUGACCUCCCAGUGCGGCUCCGCGCACCUCCGGGCUCUGGACCUCAGCUUCUGCAGCUCCCACGGCGGACGCUCCUUCGGGUGGGCCCCGUGCCGCACCCCGGGAUCACGGCCCCUGCCGCACCCCGGGAUCACGGCCCCUGUCGCACCCCGGGAUCACGCCCCGUGCCGCACCCCGGGAUCACGCCCCGUGCCGCACCCCGGGAUCACGGCCCCUGCCGCACCCCGGGAUCACGGCCCCUGCCGCACCCCGGGAUCACGCCCCUGCCGUACCCCGGGAUCACGGCCCCGUGCCGCACCCCGGGAUCACGGCCCCUGCCGCACCCCGGGAUCACGCCCCGUGCCGCACCCCGGGAUCACGGCCCCUGCCGCACCCCGGGAUCACGGCCCCUGCCGCACCCCGGGAUCACGGCCCCUGCCGCACCCCGGGAUCACGCCCUGUGCUCUGGCACAGCCACCCACUGACCUUAGGAUCUUCCAGACCUGAUCAUUUCACCAGCUCUCUGCGGUUAUCACUGCUGCCUGCCGUCCAGCACUCAGCGUCAUCUGCACCUAUUAUGAAUGUGUCACUAUGAAGACUUCUGCCCGAAAUAAAUGAGUUCCUCAACAGAA